CACACAUACGCGCACGCAUACCACUAAACGGCAACAUUUUUUUUCGAGUGUGUUCGACAUUCAUAAUUUUUGUGUUGGAGCUGCCUGAAAAAAUCAAAAAAAUUACAGUUCUAAAAGGAUAUUUUGGCCGAAAACAUUAAUUGAAAUCAUCGAAUACUUGGCGCUGUUACCCUCUCAAGGAGAAGCCUUAGACAUAAUCCACAUCCCCAGAAUUUAUCCAAGAAAAGAAUAGAAAGCAACAGCUAACAAAAUGUCGAGUCUGCCACGUCGUAUCAUCAAGGAGACUCAGCGUCUGAUGCAGGAACCAGUUCCCGGGAUCAAUGCCAUUCCCGAUGAGAAUAAUGCUCGAUACUUUCAUGUUAUUGUAACUGGACCGAAUGAUUCGCCCUUCGAAGGCGGUGUAUUUAAGUUGGAAUUGUUCCUACCAGAGGAUUAUCCGAUGUCGGCACCCAAAGUCCGUUUCAUAACAAAGAUCUAUCAUCCAAAUAUCGAUCGAUUGGGACGCAUUUGUCUUGAUGUCUUGAAGGAUAAAUGGAGUCCGGCCUUGCAGAUACGUACUAUAUUAUUGUCGAUUCAGGCAUUGCUAAGUGCACCCAAUCCCGAUGAUCCAUUGGCCAAUGAUGUGGCUGAAUUGUGGAAGGUCAAUGAGGCGGAGGCCAUUCGCAAUGCCCGUGAGUGGACUCAGAAAUAUGCCGUCGAAGACUGAACGCCCGAGGUUAGGAGGAGAGUAAGGAAACGGAUCCGGCAGUUAUAUCGGCGAUUUUCCAGAAAGUGGGUGCGCGACAUGAACGGCGGGCGGGUGGGCAAAAACAAAGAGAAAACAAAAAUGCAUACUUUAAAAACAACCAGCAAACACACCUAAAGCAUACGAAAGAAAAACAUAAAAAAUAAGAAUGAUGUUUAAAUGAAAGAAAAAUCAUUUUUUUUUUUUCGAACCUUCUGGGGCGGGAUAUACAUAAUAAUAUAUAAUAUACAUAUAUAUAUAUAUUUUUUUUUCAACCAAUCGAUCGGGGAGAUCGGCGAAAUGAAGAAGGGAGAGAUAUAGCGAAAGCAUUCUUUAUGUAAGUCAUAUACAAAAUACCAUGUAUCCGAAAAGAAAAAAAAAUUGAAAAAAAUCUAUAAAAGUAAUUGGUUUUAAUUGAUUUGUUUGAGAAGCAGCGGGUUCUGGUGUCUAUAUGCAUAUAGCCGUAUAUUUAAUUAUAUAUAUUUAUAUGUGUAAAACUGAAAUAACCAACCCAUAAACAUUUAACCCAUGAUGUAGCAACAGAUAAAUAAAUCAAUUGGAAAGAGGCAACUAAAGAAGGGAUUUCUAAUUUUCAUUUCUUGUACAUUCAUUAUGAACUCUGAUGUCUAUUCAAAAUAGAUUCUCAAUAAUUUUUUAAACUUUUUUUAAACUCAAUUUUCCGAUGUGAUCCGAUGUCAAUUGGUUCUUAUUAUAUUUUUUUUUUAGAAAAAAAGAUGAAGAAGAGAACAUUUCGAUUGAUACUUGAGCUUUGCCUGGGUUGUGUCAGAGUCCCUUUGAUAAACGAUAAAUGGUUUUAUUCGAAAACAAUUUUUUUAACGAAACAAACAAGAACAAGCCUUUAAGCUAUUAGUAAUUUUUGAAAAAAUACGAAACAUAAAAAAAAAUUUAAAAAAAAAACUAUAAAUGCAUACACUAUAUAUUUAUACAAAAACAUAAAAGUAGUGGCUUGAUUGCGUAAAAUUUUCAAGAGCAGUUCUCAACAGAAAAUAUUAAAAAAAAAGAACAUAAAAAAUUGUGUACAGUAAUUAAAUUUUUGUCACCCAAAAAUCACUAAAGGAUAAACCGGAAAUAAUAAAAAAAAAUAACAAUAGCAACAGAAAAGCAAACAUAAAUCAAAGAAUAAACAAGAAUAAAAAUCAAGAGGAACAUU